AAAAAUGGUAUGAUAUCGAUUAAUCGAACACCGGCUGGCGUCUGUUUCGUGCUUCAUAUAUUUUUGCAAUAUUGAAAUAAUAUAUUAAAAUACCGUUCAGAAAUAUGGCUGCUUUCUUGGAUGGAGUUUUACCUGCAACAUUGCAAGAGAAAAUAAAGAGUUCCAAACUACUCGUAGUUGGAGCUGGAGGAAUAGGUUGUGAGAUUUUAAAAAAUUUGGUGCUGUCUGGUUUUCCCGAAAUUGAAAUAAUCGACUUGGACACAAUUGAUUUAAGCAAUCUUAAUCGCCAAUUUUUGUUCCACCGCGAACAUGUGGGAAAGUCGAAAUCACAGGUAGCAAGGGAGAGUGCUUUGCAAUUUAAUCCUGAUGUCAAAAUAAAGGCUUAUCACGAUAGUAUUAUGGCGACCGAUUACGGUGUAAAUUUUUUCAAGAAAUUCGAUGUUGUUCUCAAUGCUCUUGACAAUCGCGCCGCUCGCAACCACGUUAAUCGGAUGUGUUUGAAUGCAGAGGUACCUUUGAUAGAGAGUGGAACAGCUGGCUAUAAUGGUCAAGUAGAAUUGAUUAAGAAAGGGCUAACUCAAUGCUACGAAUGCACACCCAAAGCUACCCAGAAGAGUUUCCCUGGUUGUACAAUUCGAAAUACACCCUCUGAACCAAUACAUUGUAUUGUGUGGGCAAAACAUCUUUUCAAUCAACUUUUUGGUGAAACUGUAGAUGAUGAGGACAUUUCUCCGGACGUUGCCGAUCCCGAAGCCAAAUCCGAAGUUGAAGAAAGUUCUAACGGUGAUGGUGAGAAGAAAAUUGAUGAAACAGUUCCUGACGAUGGCAAUGUGGUUCGCGUUAACACACGCCAAUGGGCGAAAGACAACAAUUAUGAUGCUGCGACAUUGUUCAACAAAUUUUUCUACGAUGACAUAAAAUACCUUUUGUCCAUGUCGAAUUUGUGGAAGACACGUAAGCCACCAACUCCCAUUAAAUGGGAUAGUAUCCUUCUGAAGCAAGAUGAACUUGAUACUAGUUUUGUUCGCCAAUACCAUAAAAUUUGGUCAUUGGCUGAAUGUGCAGUAGUAUUUUCCGAUUGUUUGAAAAAUCUUAAAGUAAAUUUGGAAAAAUUGGAGGAAGGAGAUUCUUUGGUCUGGGAUAAAGAUGACCAACCCGCUAUGGACUUUGUGGCUGCCUGUGCCAAUAUUCGCGGUUACAUAUUUGACAUAUUGAGAAAAUCACGUUUCGAAGUUAAGUCUAUGGCUGGUAAUAUCAUACCCGCAAUAGCUACCACAAACGCAAUUACUGCCGGCGUGGUGGUAUUGCAAACGUUUAAGGUUUUGCAAAAUGAACUAGAUAAGUGCAAGUCAGUGUACAUGCGUCUGCGUCCGAAUCCUCGUCAGCAAUUAUUAGUACCCGAAAAAUUUCUUACCCCACCGAAUCCAAACUGCUACGUAUGUGCCGCAGAUCCAGCCAUACACUUACGUGUCGAUACAAAAAAGAUGCAUAUAAAGGAAUUUAGAGAUGAAGUUCUCAUAAAAACAUUGAAUAUGGUCAACCCCGAUGUCAUCGUAGAUGCCAAAGGUGUUGUCGUCAUUUCUUCUGAAGAAGGCGAAACUGAAUGCAAUGAAGGCAAGCUACUGUCCGAUAUGGAUAUUGUGGAUGGAGUUUUAUUAAAAUGUGAUGACUUCUUCCAAAAUUAUGAACUUAGCAUUAUAAUUGUUCAUAUGGACGCAGAGCGCGACGACACAAUGUUUGAAGUAAUAGCCGAUCCUAAUCAGCUUAAGCCGAAGGAAGAAAAUGCUGAAAAUGUAAAAUCUACGGGAAAAGACAACGGAAACGAUGCGUCGGAUGGACCUUCUACUUCGAAGAAGGCUCGCAUCAAUGAUGUUGAUGAUGAUGACGACUUGUGUGUAAUUGAGGACGAUGACGACGAUCCAUCUAUUCCAAGAAACGCCGAAAACGCUACUGCUGAAGAAGUGAUCAAAGCGACAGAUAAACUAAGAGUACAAAGCCCCGAAAAAUCUGUAGCUACAAAACGUAAAACUACCACUAUCGACGAUGAUAUUACAGAAAUUUUAGACUCUGACGAUGAAGAUGGUCCCACUCAAUCCAAGCGUACGCGAACAUCAGAGCCAGAGACAGGCAUUAUUAAUAUCGAUUAAGUUAUAGUUUAAUAACCAGCACUUCAUAUAUUUCGCCGUCUAUGUAUAAUAAUUCAUAAAUCAUGUUCUGUUAUUGUACAACAAACAGUGCAGACAUAAAUAAAGAAAACACCCAGAAAGAAAUUUUCCAAUUUUAA